GCUGAAUGUCUAUCGCCCACGUGUUGCUGUGAAGUGUUGUUUGUCCAUUCACAGAAUAAAUCCAAUGCAAUCCCACUUUGUUUUUCCCCAACUAGAAUGAUUUUUCUCAUUAGAAAGACAAGAAUUAACUAUCCUUGCUUUUUUUGUAGCAGUGAGUGAUACAUCUAGUUAAAAUGACCAAAACAUCCUUGUUUGAGCAGCUGCAAAGAUUGCAGGUGCCUCAAACCUCUUUCGGGGUUGACACUAGGAGGAAAGUCUCCCUUCUCUUUGAUCCCAGAGAAGCUGCCAACUAUGACAAAGGAACUCUCUACAGUAUAGGUCUACAGGGUCUCAAAGAUCUCAUUGAAAUCAAUCCGCGCUUUGAAGUGUUCAGGGAGAGCCUCUUCAGCGAGACAUCAGUAUUUUUUGAACGAGGAGUUGAAACAAAGGAAAAAAACAAUAAACUCAAUAAACUGUUACAGAAGUUUAUUUUUCUCCUAUCACCGUUUGUGUUGCUGAAACCAGCACGACUUGCUUUAGAAUGGCUCAUUUGUAGGUAUCACAUCCAUCAAUACAAUACCGAAGACUUCCUGUUUCUUGUGUUACCGUAUCAUGAAACCAAAACUUUUGCCGAUGUCCUUCAAGCUCUACCAGUUGAAAAGGAGACAAGUGCAUUUCAUUGGCUUUUUCCUUUGAAAAAGAAAAAUUUACCGCUCUCCAAAUCCGCAAUUUACAAUCGUUGUGCCACUGAUCUUGGGUUCCUGGAGAUGAUUUGUAACAACACAAGAAAAGCCAUGAAAGUUUUCGAUCAAGAUACUCAGCAGCUAACUACCUUACUUGCAUUCUACGCAAGUAGUAUUGUCGGAACUUUGGAACACUGUAGUGAAAUCUCAGAGAAGCAUGUUACAGCCAUAAUUCCAUCCCUCAUUGAUGGUCUUCAGUCUUCCAUUUUAGACUAUGUCAGUGCAUCAUAUAUCAUAAUUGCAAGACUCAUUACAGCAUUAUCUCUCAGGCAAGACUUACUCGAGGAGUUCAUAAUCUUAGUAUCCAAGGUCCAUCUUGCAAAACUUCAGUCAGACACGGUAUUACUGCUAACUUUAAUCUAUCAAACUCAGUCCCUUCGAACGACUGAGGAGUUGACCAUUCCUGAUCAAGCCCUUGGAAACAUCAUGAACUCCUCAAGAUGGUUCUUGAAUUGCCUGUCUGGGAUCAUUAAAAAUGGUGCUCUUACAAUGCCAUUUGUUUUGCCUCUCAUCAGAAAUCUAAUCCGAUCCAUAACUGCUAGAGAGGCAACUGAAGAGAGAGUAAAAAAGGAAUUCAUUUUGAAUCUCUUUAAAACAAUUGUCUUCGAUGCAGAGGAAGCAGCUUCUGUUAUCAGCAUGAUUUUCAAAUCAGUAAAUCUCCAUGGCACUGCUAAAAAUCAAGAAAAAUGGAUCUGCAAGCUCUUGAGAAAACUAGAGAAGAGUUAUCCAACAGCAUGGGAUUCCGCUAUCAAAGCCUCCGAGAUGAAUUCUAUGGAGAGUGCGAAGCUGCGCAAAUUAAUGGGUAUUUCCUCCACAGUGCCUGAUUCUGACUUGUUUGAAAAACUAAUUCAUCCUAACCCAAGAGUGCGCCUUGAAGCAGUACUAUUUCUUACUUCACAUGGAUCAGACACCAAAAUUGAAUCUUUGCAAAAUGUACUCGCUGACUGUCUUAUUGAUGAUAACGUGCUAGUCGUGAAAGCCAUGUUGUCAGCUUCGCCCAGCUUCUUAUCCAAGAUAGUAACUCCAAAACAUCUCCUGUCAAUGCUGGAAAAAUGGUGGUUUGAUUGGUGCGAUGAGCUUGAUUUGGAAAUAAUUGACCAAUUGCAAGCUAUAGUUGAAGCAUUUGACCAAGUUGAAGUCAGAAUUCUAUACCUUCUCUUCCAAUUUCGUUAUUCCAAGGAAGAACUAAUUGAAUUUGAUACUGUUUGGGACCAGCUCAUUGCUGUGUGUGACAUUGAGAAAGUCAGAGAUUACAUCAUUUACAUGGCCUCAGAUCUACCAUAUGAACUCGCAGAGAAGCCAGUUUAUGUCUUCCUUUAUUCGCAUCUUCUGUCACAUCUGUUGAAAGACGAGCAAGUAUCCUCCAUGGGAUUAGAAUUUUUCCACUCCAUUUCAAAGUUUUACAGGAAAUGCGACAAAGUCAAACUUGUCAGCAAGGAAGACCCUCUAAAUAGGGCUGCUUUAUUGGACUGUUUAAAAGAAACUCAAAAGAACAUUCUACCUCUAGAUGGCCUGUUCAAUUUAGUAGACGCAGCUGUUUCUGGAAGCCUUCUUGAGAGUGAGAAUUUGAAAAAUGGUAGAUUUCUGAAGAGGGAUAUUGACAAGAAUUGUAGUCUCCUACUAGAAAUGUUCAAAAUGAUCCUUGAAGGCUGCGCUAGUGCUAAAAAGGACACAGCAAACUGUUACAACGAUUCCCUCACCAAGUUUAUCAAGGUUUACUGGCCACGCGAGUUGACAGGGAAAGUAUCUUUUAUCAGCGCUGCAAUUGCAAAUUCCAAAGAAGAAGAGGCAAUAUUCGCAAUGCAAUGUGUCAAAAUGAUGAAGGAUUUAAUCGAAAAGUCUGAUGAAGAGUGUGAUUGGGCAUUAGAUCUGGGCUCAAAGAAUAUUGUCGUUCCUGUUUUGCUCACUCUUCUAAGCCACUCUCUGGACGAUCUGCGAGCUGCUACCAUGGACUGCCUGGAAUCGUUAGUCAAAACUCCAAAGUCGCAGGAUUCGAAGGAAUCAUCAUACUAUCAUCUGGUUUUGCAGGUCAUUGAGAGGAGGGAUGAGAUUCAAUUGGAUAAGAACCAAGUAAACCUGAUAAUGUUCUCCCUUUUGUCUCGUGACAAGGAUGUGCAGUCUUUGCUCCCUCAUUUUGCUGUGGAAUCAUUGUUGAGCUCUCUGGAUUCGCUGAUCUCAGUGAUAAAGUCAGAUGUACCGUAUCAUUUUAUUCACAAACUCCUCCUCUUACUUUCGUCAGUCAAUUCACAGGAAAUUGUACUGAGCAUGGUGCCUUUGGCUAAGUCACUAAUGGAAUCGCUGAAAGUACUCGUCACCAGAAACAGACAAGAAAUUUCCGAUUGUUUAGUUGAAAUUGUCAAAAGAUUGAAUGUAGGUGUAGUCAGCUGCUUAGAGAACACGUCAGUUUGGGCACUAGUUGUAGAUAUUCUUUCAAGCCAGUCCUCAGAUAUCAGCACGGAUGACACCUCCAAUAACACUUCCUUGUGCGUUCUCUUCUUAAAACAGGUGACUCCAGAUUUCUAUGCUGCCUUGUCCCCUGCAAUCCAAGACAAAUUGCUGCAGCAAUUGAUAACUAUUUCUGCCAAUAGUGAAAAUCCCGAAGUGGUCUCUGCUGUUGCCUCAGUGUUCAAGCAUAUUUCAAUCGAUUCCCGUGUUGUGGCCAAACUCCUGUCUCAGAUGAGGGAUGCAUCCACCCGUAUCCCACAGACUAUGACACCUCUGCAGAAGCGCAGAUUAAUCAACUCCCUGACUGGGUCUGACUUCAUUGAAACACCCGAGUGGAAAAUGGGAAUCACUCUCUUAGAGCUGAUACAAAACAAAAAAAAAAUCUACUCCUCUCACAUCCUAGUCCCAAUUCUAUUUGAUCUCCUCAAAAAGUGUUUGCAGUUUGAGGAGCAGUCCUCAGUAGAGUACAUCAAACAGCUUUGUCUCACAUGUCUUUUGCAUUCGCAUGAGAAGGUUCUUGAAAAUAUGUCUGUGAGUAAAGAUUUGUCAGCGAUCAAUAUGGACAUGGAUUUCAGUGAAAUCAUUGUUGAAUGCAUUAGAGGAACUCAAAACCCUCAAACGCAUCAUCAUGCGUUACUUGUUCUCACAAAGAUGGCUGUGUUGUUCCCUAAUCAAGUCAUGCACAAUGUAAUGCCGCUAUUUACUUUUAUUGGAUCAAGUGUUUUGCGGCAAGAUGACUCGUACAGUUUUCAAAUAGUUUUUAAAAUAAUCGAAACAGUAAUCCCUGUUUUACUUCAAGCAAGCAAUAAACAUGAAAUGGCAAUCUCAAUUUUGCGUGUAUUUGCAUCUGCUCUGUUGGAUAUUCCAGAGCACAGAAGAUUAUCUCUGUUGAUUAAAUUGCACAAAACAUUAGAAAACUCUGAAUAUUUGUGGAUUUUUAUGGUGUUCGUUCUAGAAUCCUAUGUCCUGUAUCAUUCUGCUAACAAAUUAGAUACCGGAGCAACUGACACAGCUUCAAAAUCUAGCAAAGAAUCGAAGCAUUUAAAGUACUUAGAAGAUUUAUGUGCCGAACUUCCUGCUCAAACUUUGAUUCGUAAUAUCAACCAUCUAUUUUCGUACAUCCUAGCUCUUCCUCAUGUAAAAGAUGAAAAAUCAGUCGCUGAAUAUAAGAACAGCAUUCAGAACAAGAAAAUGAUAGAUGUCUUUAACUUUAACAGUGCCUCUGAUAAAGAACUACGCCAUUUCAAGUACAAAACCGUCCUGUUCAUAUCUACAUUCAUAUCUCGGCAAGAAUUCGUACAGCAGGUGUCAUCUCUGAAUGCCUCAUCUUCCGAGGAGACGAAAUUGGUCUUACAAACUUUCUUGCAGCAUACUUUAAGUUAUAUCCAACUGAUCCCAGAUCAAAUCCAACUGUAUGCCAAAAACAAGUCGUUAAGCAAAUAUUGGUUAGCCAUGCUCUCCCAGUGUCAUGAUGUUCUAGCUAAGAUUACAACAAUGCUCCCAAAGGACCUAUUCUUGAAUGUAAUCGUGUCUCUCCUGAAACAUGAAAAAAUCGCUUUGAAGUGCAGAGCACUAGAAUUACUCAAUGCCAGUUUGCAGAAAUACUCUAACCGCUUGGAUGAGCAUAAUGUAGAUAAAUUAGAGGAAAAAGAUCUACUGAAGCUACUUCCUAAACUGAUGCCAAUUUUGAAAGGAAUUGAAAAGAAAGGGGAUUCAGAGUCAAGUAAAGAAGACAGUGAUCUGAUUCUAUGCCAACAAGAAUGCUGCUUAUCAAUAAAACUACUUGCAAGGCAGUUAGCAGCAAAUAAUCCUAGUUCUUUUACCACGAUUUUGGAGUUGGUUUGUAACUAUAUCUGUAACCAACAGAUGGAUGGUCUCGUCCUAGCAAACCUCAUUCUUUGUUUUGCUGAGCUGAUGUCCUGUCUCAGGAGCAAAGCCAUCGUGUUCCUACCAAAAUGUAUCCCGAUCUUGAUUUCCCACUUGUCAAAUGACUCAAUAGUUAAUGGAGAAGAAAUAUUUUUGACAAGUAUUGUAUCAGCAACAAAUAAGAUCAUGGAGGCAGUGCUGCACUUCCUGAGCUUAGACAAUGUCUCCUCUAUUCUUACUAGAAUCUGUGUCAUUUCCCACCACUGCAAGCAGCAACUGGAUCCAACCAAAACUUCUGUUUUAGCCACAAAAUUGAAAGCCAUCAGGCAAAAAUUAUCCAAUGAUGUACAAGAAAGAGUCCUAUAUCCUGCUGUAAACAUCUGUUACAACCGACUAUGUGAGCAAGAGCAUUUUGGUGCCAUCGAAAUCUUGAUGUCCAUCCUGAGUGACAGUUUCCAAAGAAAUGUGCUCUCAACCGAUGAACUGAAUCUAUAUUUCAUGAAUAUGUUUGAAUUUAGGAGUCAAUACCAAACCAAGCUCAGUGAAGAAACAAUUUUGACCAUAGAAAAUGCUAUCAUCAAUUCUUUUGUUGCCUUGGUUCUAAAGUAUUCUGAGCCUGUCUUCCGAACCCUUUUCUAUAAAAUUUUGGACUGGGGUCUCAAUAUCAAAACAAAUAAGCUGAAUGUCAUAAUAUUCUACAAAAUAACACAUGCACUAUCGCAGCGAUUACAGGCACUCUUCACAUCACUGGCCAAUAGCUUAUUCAAACCCAGUGUCAAGUACCUGAACGAAACAAAUAUAACUAAAGCCGACCCUGAAAAUGGGAAGGACACGUCCAAUUUGUUUUUCGAAUCUGAUGUCGAAAAGUCAGUUCUUCUGUUGGAACAAGUUUUGAAAACUUUGUUGAGCGUGUUCACUUUUGAUUUGUAUCGCUUUGCCAGCAAAGAAAGAUUCGAGCGUUUUGAGAUUUUAGUUCAGCCUCUAGUUGAUCAGUUGGAAAACUGCAUUGGUAACUGGCAGGAUCGUUGUGAAAAUCUGCUGAUUCCUUGUAUCGCUCAAAUGGCCGUGUCAGCUGGAGAUGACAAUCUCUGGAAGCCGCUCAAUUAUCAAAUUUUACUUAAAACUCAGCAUACUAAUCCUGAGGUGCGCAAAGUAGCAUUGAAAACAGUUUGUGCAGUUGCAAUAAAAUUAGGAGACGACUUUGCACCAUUGUUACCAGAAACCGUCCAAUUUCUGGCUGAGUUACUCGAAGAUGACGAUGAAAGCGUUGAAAUGUGUUGCAGGAAAGCCAUUCAGAACCUAGAGAAAAGUCUGGGUGAAUCAAUAUCAGAACUGUUUUAAAGUGAAGUUGCUGGCUGAUCACUUUCAAGGUCAUUCAGCAUUUUGACAAACCUUCUGUCCUCUUGUGAACAAAUAUUUGUCUUCUCUGGAUACAUUUAAUAACUUCUCGUCUAGAUCUCUCAUUGUUCAACAAGGAUUGGGAUUCUCUCUCAAUGUUUCCAAGCGUCACCCUUUUAAACCAUUGUAUUUUCAGUAUAUAAAAUUUGUUUAGUGUUGCACAUUGCGGCACAAGCGCAUAUGAAUCAGUGAGUUCAAAAACAUACCAACUUGGAAAAAGUAAAUUUUUUAAGAAACACAAAAAACUGCACAGUGGGUGAGAAAGUCGGUUAAUAAAAAAGCUUCUUGGUGCCAAAGGAAAAGCACUUGGAGACAUGGUUAAAGACCAAGUUGAAAUGAAUGAGUCAUUUUUAAUGACAGAGUUUUAGGCCUUAGCAAGUUGCUGAGUUGGUUUGUUUUUGUUCUCACUGACUUCCACAUACUCAUCUUUUUUGGUUUGCCCUAAAAAAUGUAUAUUUUUCUACAUGUUACCCUUAAAUAUUUUUAUAACUUAUCAGUAUAAGAUAUGUUGAACCGGAAAAAGGAAACCACAAAAUUAGAUCUAUGGCCACCCGUUUUUCUUGAGAGGCCCAAUAUCGGUAUUUUCAAUAAAAUACUAAAUAUUCUCUCUUUUUGAUA